UUUUGUGUUUUGCCAAGUUGGAGUCGAUCCGAAUUAGACUCGCUACAUGUGUUUUGUGCGGUAAGCGUCAAAAGUGUCGUGAUCGUUCAUUUUAUGACUCGAGAAGUGCUGGAUAGUAAAUAUAUUUUUUUACGUUAAAUGUGAAAAAUGAUACCGUCGCAGACCGAGCGCCGUUUGUGGCGCGUGAAUGCGUUUAUUAGAUACCGAUAGACUUUGAAAGUUGUAAAUAGUUUUUAAAACGAGGCAAGUGUGGUUUCGUAUUGGAAUAUUUGUGCAUCGCUGGUUUUUUUUAUUGUUAUUUUUCCCGAGGAAUAAAUUGAAAAUGAUUGCGAGUCAUCGCGUAAUCGAUGUAAAGCUUCGGUGCUAUCUCCUGUUGUUCCUGAUAUCCCAUAUGGGGUUCGUGGAGUCGAGGUUGGAGGAAGUGGACUCGCGUCCAACAUCAACGGAGAACCCUAAGCCGGAACACACACCUCGUGGGGAGCCGAAGAAGGGUAAAUGCUUCCACAUGUCCCGUGAACACUGCCCCACUGAGCCUAAGUGCACCCGCGUGGACCCUGUCUCCGUGUUUUGCUGUGACGUGGACAGCUUCAGACUGAAAGAGGCGCUUGCUAUUACUAUGACACAGAAUACAACCAAUCUCCACGUGCUGAACGCUACGAUAGAGGAGUUGGACGUGUCGCAGGCCGUCUUCCGUCGGCUCACCUCCAUGGCCCUCACUGAUGGGAGCAUUGGCAAGAUUGUUGGUCAGUUCCCGAAGUACUCAUCGAUCGCAUGCCUCAAUAUUUCCAACAACAAUCUGAGCAGCGCGAGUCUUCAGUCAACCAUCCAGAGACCCUUCGCCUACCUGUUCACCCUGACGCUCCUAGAUGCUUCAGCUAAUAAUCUCACCGAAUUUCCGCUGAGUUUGGUCCAGAGUAACAGAAAGAUUUCCGUGGAUUUGUCAGGCAACAAUUACCUCCCGUGCAAGCACUUCCAGAAGGCCAUGGAAACUAACAGCAGUUCAUUGGUGACAUUUCUCAACUACGAGCGCACGUACUGCGCCCUCGACCUCACGUUCAACUGGUUCAAGGACGUGCAAGUUGUUCAAAUAGACCAUUUAAGAGUUCAAGAAGAGUUGAGUGCUAGCUGUCGUAAUAUACGACCCGCUAACGCGAACUGCACCUGCAUACCCGACCGGUUGGAACUUCUGGGUGGAGAAGCCACCAAUUCGGUAGCAGUCGACUGUUCCAUGCGCCACCUUAAGGUCAUGCCCACUAAUCUGCCGGCCAACACGGCCAAGUUGAACGUUUCCUAUAACAACAUCACAUCUCUCCAAGCGGUGUCUGACGACCCAACGUACGAGCACCUGAGGCAGUUGCUGGUGGACUAUAAUGACAUCGCUAGCAUCGUGGAGCUAGAAGGCACCAAGUUUAUAGAUAACUUUAUGGUGUUUUCUAUAACGCACAAUAAACUUAAAACUAUUCACACGUACGUUAUGUCCAAUUGCUUUAUUACGACGGGACCCUCGUUCCUGAUUGGUGGGAACUACAUACACUGUGACUGUAACACAGAAAAAGUCGUGAAGCCGUGGCUUCUAGAAAACUACAAGAACAUACCAGACUUAAAAAGCCUCCAAUGCGAAGAUAGCAUGGGACCUGUGGUUGACCUCAAGGAGUACCAGGUUUGCCACACGCCCAGGGACUGGACGGACUACAUCUACUACAUCAUAGGCCUGGAGGUACUGGUGUUGGUGCUGCUUAUCAGCAAGGUGUCCUAUGAUUACUGGGUCUUUAAAACAGCCGGAUACCUGCCCUGGCCAGCUAAUAAGAUGCCGAGAUUGCCAUGUGACUGGUUAUGCGAAUGAAUUGUGCAAAUUAUAAAUAGAAAAUAAUCUAAUUUUCUUAUUGUUUGCAAUCGUCACAUGUUUGUAAAAACAAAUAUAUUCUCGUAGAAUGCUUAAAAUUAACGUACAAAUUGUAACAAAACGGCCAAUUAUAUAAAAGCAAAAAGCAAAAUUUCGAUAAUCUCAUAAACUAACGACCCAAUUUCUUCUGACAUUUUUUGUGAUAAUAAUGCCACCUUCCCAAAAUUAAGUUAAGAUAAAAAACCACAUAUCAGACCCGUAAUUAGGGAGUUAAAACUUAUCAAGAGAUUGGACAUUAUACAUUGACUUUAAAUUGGAUGAAAAAAAAAACAUUUUUUUGUCUUUCACAUAUUUAAUUGAAAACUUAAUUAAUAUCAGAAGUCAAAAAUGGGAUUUCAAUGUGCUAUGUUAGAAUAAGUGCUGCUAAAUGAAAUUCGUAAAGACAGUAUGUAUAAAACGAAUGGUGCCUUUGAUAACUUAAACGGCUUAUAAAGACGGACAUUUUUCUUUUGUUAAUAUGAUUUAAUCUUUAAAAACGUGUGAAAUUUGACCUUUUCAUCACUGAAGUGCAAUAACAAUUGAUCGGACAUUUUUAAAUGUUUCUGUCAACUGUAAAUAAAAAUAAUAUUAUUUAAUUAACCUAACAUAACCUUAACGCACAUUUAUAUUAAAAGUUUCAAGACUGGAUUUGAACUUGCUCCGCCAUAUUUAGGCGAAACUCCUCCAGGAUGCUGGAGUAGACGUUUUUGAAACAAUUUUUUUUUUCUUUAAGCAUAUCAAUUUGGUAUCGGAGCUGACCGUUAAGACACUUAAACUUCGGAUCCAACUUUAAACUUUUAAUAAUAUGAUUAUGAAUUAACAAUAUUUACAUAAUAAGAUACAGAUAAGUAUGGAAAAAGACGGCGCGAAAUUAGUGUUGCCUACUUGUAAAUAUUUAAUUUCUUAGUUUAUUAUAAGUUUUAGUUUUUAUUAUCAGAUAUAUUUUUUAUACUUUAAAAGAUAAUAAAAAAUAUAGUUAACAGGGAUUUACUGUAAGCAAAAAUUGUUUAUAUACAAAUAUUACCGUUUUUUAUAAUAUUUAACAGCAAAGUACAACUUUAUUAAAAUAUAGUAAGUGUUUACAUGACUUUUAGCAUUAUACACUCAAUAAUAAAAUAAUUUUUUUAAAUAAUUAAAAAUUACAGUCGAAUCACCGUUGAAAUGUUUGUAUCGCUUGAAAUUUAGGUACCCUUCUGUAAAAAUAUGCCUUAAUUUUAAGUAUAGAAACUUUGACAGUUACUAAUGAUUUGUAUUAGUACCUUUUUUCCUCUAAUUAGCAAUAUUUCUGCAUGAAAUUUUUAACAAAAUUAUGUUUCUUCGUUUUACGAUUUUUUUUUUCAGUCAUAUAAGGUUGUUUUUUAUAUAAAUAGUUCAAAAUGUAAGCAAAGAAGCUAUCAAUGUAAUAUUAAUGUUAGUCAGUUUUAAUUUUGUAUUUUAAAAUAUAUAUUUCCUAGUUAAUAUUAAAUAAAAUCUGGACCACUUUUUUGCUUCAGAAAAAUAAUACUGUUAUAAUAGUUUAUUUAAGUUUAUUAAGAAUAUAUGUUUAAAAUUGUUUCUAUAUAAUUUUUGAAGAGGCUUAAAAUUAAUUUAAGUAGUAUUAGUUUAUAGAUAUUUGUGUUCGAGGCUUAUGCAAUGUUCUUAAAGUGCCAUAGAUUUGUAAUGGCUUCUAAUUUAAUGUCCCAUAGACUAUAUAUUUUUUUAUUUAAGUAACUUAGUAUGAAUAUAUUUUGUAUAUAUAUGCAAUGAAGACUGUCUAUUUUGUAUCUGAUUUAUUAUGUCAAGCUAGUAAAUGGUUUAUUAGACU